UAGGUCCAAUCCAAUACUUUGCAUUUUCCAUAGCUAAAAUCAGGGCUAUAAAAAUCCGAAUCCUCGCCGAGUGUAGGGUUUCCGAUUUCCCCCGGUUCUUCUUCCUCCGCCCCAAAGUACCUCAAUUAAUCUUCAUUUAUGACGGUAAAGCCGUUUCGAAUUCGAGGAAUUAAGUGAUCAAAUCCAUUUUUUAUGGAAUUCGGCUGUGGAUUUCCCGGAUUUAUUAUUUUUUUUCCUGGAAUUCUUGCUAGAUUUUGCCUCCAUGAGCUGGAAUGAUGGUUGGUUGUUCUCGAUCUUGAUCUGAAUUGGAGAACCUCGCAAUCGUAUUUGUAAAUUUGGUGAUGGAUUUGGAAAGUGAGUGUUCGGCGCUGGAAUCUGUGGAAGAGAAUGAAAAUGUAACACCUGAAAGAAACAAGAUUGAGAAUAAUGGGUUACUGGUUGGUGAAUAUGGCGAUGAUAAGUUAUUGAUCGAUACCAAACUGGAGGAUGUUGGAGUUACUGAGUCGGUGAGUUCGCCUCCGUUUAUCGAUAAGUCUCCAGCCGGUUCUGUUGGGACAUCACCACCGGCGACAACAAAAGGGUACGGACUGAAGAAAUGGAGGCGGAUCAAGAGAGAAGUUGUCAAGGAUGGAAGUAGUAGCGUAGAUACAAGUAAGAUUUUGAAGCGGGGUUUAUCAACAUCUGCAGUGAAUUCUGGUAAACCUCAGGGUUUCUCUGGUGAGACAAGGCCCAAGAGUGAUGGCUCUUUGUCAUCCACGGAUGCAGUAUUGAAAAGUCUGGGUGUUGCUGGAGAUGGUUUUGCCUUGUAUGGCUCCAGUAUAGAUUCUGGGUUUGCAGUUGGACCCUCUUUUGCUGCUGGGGCGGAUUCUGAGAAUAGUGAGGAUCGGAGUAGCAAAUCCUCAACAGCAGCCAGCGCACCAAAGUUAAGGCAUGAGAUGGCUGCUAUGGUGGGAUAUGCACGCGAUAAGAAUAGGAUCAAGAAUUCAAAUGCAAAGAAUUUGGUUAAUCCAGUUCAACGGGGUCAACAGGGAAAGCAGGGAAAGAGUCGGACUGAGACCAGUAAGAAGCCUAGAGGAGACCGGGUCAAAAUCGAGAAGGAAAACUCUCAUUCCAGCAUGGAAUCUGACUCACGAAGCUCCAACUUUGUCUUCAUGCAGGGUGCAAAUAGUGUGACUAGUAAUGGAAGGCAAAGUGCAAGGUCAACGAACUAUGAUGGAGAAAACAGUGAUGAAGCUCAGGGUGGUGAAGAACACUUGAGUGUGGAACUUCAAGCAGGUUACAGAAAAGAAAAUGUGGCAGAAUUGGAAGAUCUAUCUCAAGAAGAUUUGGCUGCUGAAUCUUGGGAGGUUAAAGAAGAAAAAGUUGAGAACCAUAGGUCAUCAACAGAUCAAGAUCCUCUAGUGGAAUCUAUCCACUCAUUGCAGUCUGUACAGGAAGAACUUGAAAAAGAGCUUCAGAAAUUAAGAGAGAUUGGGGCUGAACAUGAUUCACUUUUCAAUGAUUCUACCCGGGGAAAUAGUUUACCUUCAGAGUUUGCUUCGUUUGAUUCAAAAAUCCCUGAGGCAGGCUUAUCUGAUCUGUUGCCCUCUGGAGGCAUCGCCCAAAGUUAUUUGCAUCCUUUGGAAACCGAGGAUGUAAGCUUAAAAGCGAAUGUAAAUCCGUUGGAAGGCCUCCUUGAAGAGGCAAACACCAUGCUCAAAGUAAAGGAUGACAAGAUUGUUGAACUUGAGGAUGCUCUAAGGAGUAACGAGCCACUCUACGAGAUGGAGAGUGACUUUGAGGGCCUCUUCAAGCAAAAGAUUGAAGCUGAGGUCGAGUACCUGGUAAUAUCAACAGCAAUCCUAAAGCUGAGAGUUAGCGCAGUGGAUGAGGCCACACACUUUGAGAAACAGAAUACUAUAGCCUCAGAACAAGCUCGAAUGCUGAAUGAGCUGGGAGAUGUAGAAAGCAAGGCUGCGAUGCUGAAGAGACAAGCUGUGAAGUUAGAGACUUAUUGCAAUGAUAUGGAAGGGACGGACCAGGUUUUAAAGCUGCAGAAGAAGGUAUGCAAGGAAGGUUCUUACUUCUUCAUGCAGCUGAUACUGCUGCUCGUAGUUUUUGCUUACUGUUUCUUGCAGUUGUCGCCCCAUUCUGCGGGGUUCGUACCCACUUAAUUUUGGGAAACAGUUAGUUUUUUUUUUUUUUCCAGCUUUUUCCGAGCAAAUAUUGGAAUAUUCCACUUAGUUGCUGCUUUUGCUCUCCGUGUCCUCCUGUAUCAUUCCAUCUUUCUGACCAAAAAUGCUUUAGUCUGGUUGUACCAUUAUUCCAUAUCUAUGAGCAAAUGUUUGGAAUGUUAUGUUUUA